AUGGCAUUUCAGGAUUUCGACCUCAUCUCAGAACGGCGAAGAAAUGAGAAGAAACAAAAGCUGAGGAAGAAGAUCCUCAUUAUUGUUGUUUCUUCCGUUGUCCUUGUUGGUCUCAUUGGUGCUGCAUUCUUUGUUGCUGCCACUAAAUAUGGCUUUGGUAAGGAUGAGAAAAAUGCUCCAACUUCUUCCACCAGCAACAAGCAUGAGCACGUUUCACAUUCUGAAAAGAUUGUGACAUUGGUAUGCAGCUCCGCAGAUUACAAAGACAAAUGUGAAGGUCCACUUAACAAGGCAGUGCAGGAUGACCCUAAACUCACACAUCCCAAAGACCUUCUCAAAAUCUAUGUCAAAUUUGCUGAGGAUGAGGUUAACAAGGCCUUCAAUAAAACCAACUCAUUCAAGUUUCAAUCUGAGGAAGAGAAAGGAGCUUUUGAAGAUUGCAAGCAGCUAUUUCAGGAUGCCAAGGAUGAUUUAGAAACAUCCAUCUCUGAACUUAGCAAAAUUGAUUUCAAGAAACUUUCCUCAAAAACUCCUGAUCUGAACAGUUGGCUCAGUGCUGUCAUCUCUUUCCAACAAACCUGUGUUGAUGGUUUCCCUGAAGGAAAAUUGAAGACUGAUCUUGAAAAUCUCUUCAAGGAUUCCAAGGAAUUCGUUAGCAAUUCACUUGCCAUUGUGUCUCAAGUGACCUCAUUCCUUUCUACAUUCCAAACAUUUGCACGUAGUCGUUCCUUGCUUUCAGAGAAUUCAAACUCCCUAGUUGCUUCUUUGGACAAAAUCGAUGGCCUUCCUUCUUGGAUGAACCCCGAGGACCGAAGGAUAUUGAAGGCUGUUGAUAACAAACCUAAACCUAAUGUCAUUGUUGCAAAAGAUGGCAGUGGUGACUUCAAAACCAUCUCUGAAGCUUUAGCAGCCAUCCCUAAAAACUAUCAAGGACGGUAUGUGGUUUAUGUUAAAGAAGGAGUAUACGAUGAGACAGUGACAGUAGCAAGGGAAAUGCAAAAUGUAACCAUGUAUGGUGAUGGAUCACAAAAGAGUAUCAUCACUGGCAACAAAAACUUUAGGGACGGAGUCAGGACUUUCCAAACUGCAAGUUUUGUGGUACUAGGAGAUGGAUUCGUUGGCCUAGCAAUGGGAUUCAGAAACACUGCUGGUCCUGAAGGGCAUCAAGCAGUGGCUGCAAGAGUUCAAGCAGAUCGUGCAGUGUUUUCAAACUGUCGCUUUGAGGGUUACCAAGACACCCUAUAUGCACAAACCCAUAGACAAUUCUACCGCAGUUGUAUCAUUUCAGGAACCAUUGAUUUCAUCUUUGGUGAUGCAGCUUCUGUGUUCCAGAACUGUAUCAUGGUUGUUAGGAAACCAUUGGACAAUCAGCAGAACAUGGUAACUGCUCAAGGGAGAAUGGACAAGCAACAAGCCACUGGAAUUGUUCUUCAAAAAUGUACCAUUAAAGCUGAUGACUCAUUGGUUCCUGUUAAAGACAAAAUCAGGAGCUACCUUGGUAGGCCUUGGAAGGAGUACUCAAGAACCAUUGUUAUGGAAUCAGAAAUAGGUGAUUUGAUUCACCCUGAUGGAUGGACAGCUUGGGCAGGUGACUUUGCACUCAAUACACUGUAUUAUGCAGAGUACAACAACACAGGACCUGGUGCAAGCACCACUGCUAGGGUCAAGUGGCAAGGCUACAAAGUCAUUAACAAGGAAGAGGCUACAAAGUACACUGUAAGUUCUUUCUUGAAAGGAAAUUGGGUCCAGAGCUCAAGUGUGCCAGCUGUUCAGGGCUUGUACUAUAAUUAA